AUGGAUCAUCGGAUCACCGGCAAAGUCGCUAUAACAAUCGUGCUCCUUAUUGCAGUAAGUUCACUUCACUUUGUUUUAUCCAUUUUAAAAUACCUUACGUUUCAUUAUAUUACACGAUGAUUUUCAGGGCGCAUGCGGUGAAAUUGACCCCGGAAUUCCCGAUUUUCCCCAAAUUUCGGCCGAAUUUGGGACAAAAACUUUAAACUCAACGAAAAACGAUGGAAAAAAUGUUAGUAUUGCAAUCAUCGGUGGUGGAUUCGCUGGGCUCGCUGCCUUCGGAAAGCUGGAUCAACUGGGAUAUGAAAAUGUCGAACUUUUCGAAGCGGCCGGUCGAUUGGGCGGCCGAGUCUACCCUGUACCUUAUAGUGAGUUUUUGAAAAAAUAAAAAAUCGUUUUAUGACUAUUUAUGAUGUUGUUAGACUUUAUAGGGUUAUUCAAACAUCACAUCUGGUUAAAAAUCAGUAAAAAAUUAGGGGUUUCAACAAAAAUUUAUAUUAUUCAUGUCAUGGAUAAUAAUAAAAAAAAUUGCUUCUAAACUUGGCCUAAGGACAUUAGCGGUCGUUACAGAGCAUAUAGAUAACUUUUCAGAGUAUUUCUUCUUUACCUUACUUUUUUGAAUUUAGGUUUUGCAAACUGGAACAGAAUGCCAAAAUCGGCGGGAAUUUAAAAACUUGAAAUUUUGUCGCGGAAUUUGGCCCAAAAUUUGGUAGUCGAUAAAAGAAUUACAUUACCGUAUUUUAAAAUUUUUAUGAUUUUUAAAAAGAUUUUAAAAGCAAAAUUGAAAAAUAUUUGAUGUCUAGUGCAAUAUGUAAAAAAAUCCCGUUUUCCAGCCGACGGCUUCAUCCAGCACGGCGCGCAGUUCAUUAACGGCGCGGAGAAUCCCAUUUUUGAGAUGGCUCGGCGACUGGGCGUUGUGACUAGAGAGAUGGACGACGACGAAUUGUUUCGAAAUGCGGAUUACCGGACGGGCAAGUGCUCUCUGGACAUGCAUUGUGUGGAGGAGUUCGAAGAGUUCGUGGAAAAACUCGAAUUCCAAAUCCAGGAGAUGGCCAGAGACCCGGUCAUGUGGAAUCGGACCGUCGCAACGGUCUACAAAGAGGUCUUUCGAGGGUUUAUUGCGGUGAGUUGGCAGUAAAUCUUGAGAUUUUUUGGAAAAAAGAAAAAAAGGAAAAAAGUGUCGGAUUUGGAUGAAAGUCGACGCAAAUUAAAACGCACUUCGCGAGUUGCUGAAGCAGGCUCAAAGGGGGGUCUGCCCUAGAAAUUGACUCCCACUUUUUUUUGUCUUAACUGAUGACAUGUAGGAUGCUAAAGAACUUGGUGAAUUUUUUUCGAAAAAUUCGUCAUCAUGACCGAGAUAUGACGUAUUUAUUGAAUUUCGCAUAAUGUGAUAUAUUGUACUGAUUUAUUGACAAAAUAUCUCAGAACUGUGUAUAUAUACGUUAUUGGCCAUGCUGAACAACUUUGUAAUUGACCCGAAGUUUGUCAGGUUACUGUAACAUACCGUAACGCCAAUGCUCAAUCAAAAAAUCUCGAUUUUCUCGAUUUUUUUCAAUAAUUUUCUCGGAAUUUUUUUUCAUUUUUGGAAUCAGCAUCAAAUUCUGCAUCGGAUAGGCUAUAUGCGCAUCUCCAGAUAGGUGUACAAAAAUGUCGUGGCGCAACCGGUAGUGGGUCGGACUACCAUUCAAAAGGUCCCGGGUUCGAGUCCGGGUGGAAGAAAAAAUGCUCAAACGCGCUGGAAAUUGUCCCAAAACAGUUGUAAUGUAUUGGAAAUGAAAAUUUUUUGUUAGCGAUUUUUUUGUUUAGAAACAACGCAGGGCACACAGAAAGACUAUUCCUCAGAGGAUUUCGCUCUAUUUUGCCCAAAACACCAAAAAGUUUUCGCAUUUUGCCAUUUGACAAAAAAUUGAGAUAAUGAUUUUCAGGUGUUCUUACGCGAAAACGUUUCCAGUUUUUCUAGAGCAGUUUUUUGCGCUGCCUUCAAAUAGCUUUCUAACAGCCGCGAAAAUCUUCCACAAAAAAAUUUUACAUUCAAAAAUUUGUAGAUAUUCACAUAUUUCAUGAUGUUACAGUAUUUAAUCUUGUAAAAUUUGCUAAAAUUUCGACUCCUCAUAGUACAAAACAUUUGUAUCCACGUUUGAAUGACGUUACUUCGGUUUACUGGGUUCUGGCGGGGCUCUCCGAUUAAAACAAAAAAGUGCAACUUUUUGGUGUUUUGGGCAAAAUUGAGCGAAAUCUUCUGAGGAAUAGUCUUUCUAUAUGCCCUGUGUUGUUUCUAAACAAAAAAAUCGCUAACAAAAAAUUUUCAUUUCUUCGGCAGAUUUGGGCCCACAAAAAUCAUGAUUUUCAAAAAUUUCGUAAAAUCCAAAAUUUAGCCUUUUUAGGGGAAAAUGUUAAUUAUUAUUUAUUUUUAACACAGUUCCAAUACAUUACAACUGUUUUGGGACAAUUUCCAGCGCGUUUGAGCAUUUUUGCUUCCACCCGGACUCGAACCCGGGACCUUUUGAAUGGUAGUCCGACCCACUACCGGUUGCGCCACGACAUUUUUGUACACCUAUCUGGAGAUGCGCAUAUAGCCUAUCCGAUGCAGAAUUUGAUGCUGAUUCCAAAAAUGAAAAAAAAUUCCGAGAAAAUUAUUGAAAAAAAUCGAGAAAAUCGAGAUUUUUUGAUUGAGCAUUGGCGUUACGGUAUGUUACAGUAACCUGACAAACUUCGGGUCAAUUACAAAGUUGUUCAGCAUGGCCAAUAACGUAUAUAUACUCAGUUCUGAGAUAUUUUGUCAAUAAAUCAGUACAAUAUAUCACAUUAUGCGAAAUUCAAUAAAUACGUCAUAUCUCGGUCAUGAUGACGAAUUUUUCGAAAAAAAUUCACCAAGUUCUUUAGCAUCCUACAUGUCAUCAGUUAAGACAAAAAAAAGUGGGGGUCAAUUUCUAGGGCAGACCCCCCUUCCACAGCUCGCGAAGUGCGUUUUAAGAUCAAAAUUUUAUGAGAGAUAUGCGAGAUUUUUAGCUCAUGAUUUGCAGCAAACACCGAAAUUUUUAGGUCGAAAGUUUCCAAAUAUUUGAAUCUUUUAGCGGUUUUUUUAGAAGAAAAAUUGUAUUUUUUUAUCUUUUUUUACUGCCUCAAAAGACAAGUUAUAAAAAGAAGAGUUGCCUCCUCUAUGAAAGCCAUAAACUUUUUAGGUCUUACUGAUACUUUUUGAUACCAAAUUGGUGUUAAUUUCUGCUUCCUUUUCGACCUUCUCCGAUCCGAAGCCGAUCCAGACCUUUUGUUUCUCAGCUUCUUAAAAACUAAAAUAACUGACUUUUUUCCAGGAAAAAGCCCGCUCUGACAAAGAAUUACGCUCCUAUCAAGCACUCAGUCAGUUUUAUCAAACCUACUACGAAGGAGAAUGGUCAGCGCCAAUCGACAAACUCUCCCUUCGAAAUUACGCAAAAUGGGACGAUCAAUCCGCUAAAUUUGCCUCUUUUACUUUGGACAAAUUCGGUUAUACUUCAAUUUUGAGCGAACUGAUUUCCAAACUUCCCAAGGAGAGAGUUCAUUUGAAUUCAAAAGUGGCUACAAUUGACUACCGCAACGAAAAAACAAAAAUAAAAUUAGUGAAUGGAGAAGUUUAUAAUGGCCAGUUUGACGUGGUGAUCGUGACUGUGCCCUUAGGGCAUCUGAAGGCCCAUGCUACGCAUUUAUUUCAGCCUCAAUUGCCGGGUCGAAAACUGGAUGUCAUCGAAAAAAUGGGUGAGUUAAAAUGGGAUUUUUUGAGAGAAAAAUAGUAAAAAAAUACGAAAAAAACUUUCUGAUAUCUUUUUUCAAAGUGCACAUAAUCACAUUCUUCAGGAUUUGGCUCUCUUCUCAAAGUGUUUCUAAGAUACGACAAGCCUUUCUGGGCCAACUGGACCAACUCUUUCGUCCCGCUUCACAUCGAAGGCUGCUCUCCGGAGAGUUAUUUGAGCAAAGAACUGCACACGUUCGAGCCCUUGGAAUGGGAACCCAACGUCUUGGUGGGCUGGCUCUCCGGCGACGGCCCGAAACAUAUCGAUUGGAUCAGCGACCAGGAAUUGGCACAACAUAUCACACAACAUUUCAGAAAUUCAAUGCCAGAUGUGGAGGUUCCCGAGCCGAGACAGUUGAUAAGGUAAAAAAACUUCUUUUUCCUUUUUCAGUUUUAUACUUGAAUAAAAUUUCAGACAGCUAAUAAUAUUGCCGUUCCUAGGCUUCUCACAUUCAUCGUACUUUAAACAAUCUUUUAGGACCUCCUGGCUGCGUGAUGACAAUUUCCGAGGAAGUUAUACCUACAUCUCUGCCGAAGCCUCACAAUUCAAAGAAGAUCCAUUGGAAAUCUUGGCUCGACCGGUAUUUAAAAGUCGGAAACCUCGUAUUUUGUUUGCCGGAGAGGCCACUCAUUCCACGAUUUACCAGACCACAAUUGGCGCGUAUUUAAGCGGCCGAAGAGAGGCCGAACGAAUCGAUUUUUAUUCAAGUCGAUUUACUAACACUAAUGACGAGUUAUAUCGAAAAAUUCAAGAGGAGAAACGGGAGGAAUCAGUCAAAUCAAUGCUCAAAUCUAUCGACUUUAUCACCGCUUAG